GCAGCUUCAUGUGUGCUGUGUGGAAGAGCGGCUGAAAGGGGCAGCAGGGUGAUCAGGGUUCAUGGCUCUCCGGCCAGUCGGGCACUGAGCGCUCAUUAAUGGCAGCUCCGAGUGUUGGAGUGAUCGGGAUCAGCAGCGCCGCGACGCCCUGCUUUGGCUUCACACUGUAGCUCUGCAUUGCAUAACGACGAAUGCACGUUAGCUUUAGCAUUUAGCUGAGUAAUGGGCGAGCUGAGGCGGAGGUAGUUGGCCGUGUGGAGGAGAAAGCGGCCCUCCUGCAGGCUCGCUCCGGCCGUGUUUCCCGUGCUGACGGUUCGCGGAUGUCGCUGCGGCGCUGCUCGGCUCGGUCCGGCUCUCCGGCGGUGUUGGAGCCGGGAGCGGGCAGGGAGCUGUUCGAGGCCUGCCGGAGCGGAGAGCUAGAGCGGGUCAAGAAGCUGCUCACCGCCGACAGUGUGAACAGCAGAGACACCGCGGGCCGCAAGUCCACACCGCUGCACUUCGCCGCCGGAUUUGGCCGUCGAGAUGUAGUGAGCUACCUCCUGCAGCAUGGUGCUAACGUUCACGCACGGGACGAUGGCGGCCUCAUCUCGCUCCACAACGCCUGCUCGUUUGGCCAUGCUGAGGUGGUCAACCUGCUGCUACAGCACGGAGCAGACCCCAACUCCAGAGACAACUGGAACUACACCCCUCUCCACGAAGCAGCUAUCAAGGGCAAGAUCGACGUCUGCAUCGUUCUGCUGCAGCACGGAGCUGAGCCGAGCAUCCGAAACACAGACGGGAGGACGGCCCUGGACCUCGCCGAGGCCUCCACUAAGGCAGUCCUGACCGGCGAGUACAGAAAAGAUGAGCUUCUAGAGAGCGCAAGGAGAGGAAACGAGGAGAAGCUGAUGAGCCUGCUCACUCCUUUGAACGUCAACUGUCACGCCAGUGAUGGGAGAAAGUCGACCCCCCUGCAUCUGGCCGCAGGCUACAAUCGGGUGAAGACAGUGCAGCUGUUACUGCAACAUGGCGCUGAUGUCCACGCUAAAGACAAAGGUGAUCUGGUGCCUCUCCAUAACGCCUGCUCAUACGGCCAUUAUGAAGUGACUGAACUGCUCGUGAAGCAUGGUGCCUGCGUUAACGCAACAGAUCUGUGGCAGUUCACACCACUGCACGAGGCGGCGUCCAAAAACCGCGUGGAGGUGUGUUCCCUGCUGCUGAGCCACGGAGCCGACCCCACCUUCCUCAACUGCCACAACAAGAGCGCGAUUGACCUGGCGCCCACUGCCCUCCUCAAAGAUCGCCUGGCCUAUGAGUUCAGAGGUUACGCUCUGCUUCAGGCAGCACGUGAAGCCGACCUCUUCCGCCUUAAAAAGCACCUCUCGCUGGAGACCAUCAACUUCAAACAUCCCCAAACCCACGAGACGGCUCUGCACUGCGCCUCUGCGUCACCGUAUCCUAAGAGGAAGCAAGUGUGUGAGAUUCUGCUGAGGAAGGGCGCCAGUAUAAACGACAAGACAAACGACCUCCUGACGCCGCUGCAUCUCGCUGCUGAAAAGUCCCACAAUGACAUCAUCGAAAUAUUAGUGAAGCAUGAAGCCAAAGUCAACGCAGUGGACAGUCAGGGGCAGACGCCACUGCACAGGGCCGCUCAGUGCGGACAUCUGCAGAGCUGCAGGCUGCUAAUGAGCGCCGGCUCGGACCCACUCAUCACCUCGCUGCAGGGGUUCACGCCCUCCCAGCUCUCCAACGACUCCAUCCAGGACAUACUGCAGGGAGUGCUGGCAGGGAAUUUGGACACAGACAGGCAGCUCCUGGAGGCCUCCAAGUCAGGGGACCUGGAGACUGUAAAGAAGCUGUGCACACUACAGAAUGUGAAUUGCAGGGACGCAGAGGGCCGUCAGUCCACGCCGCUCCACUUUGCAGCUGGCUACAACCGCGUGGCCGUGGUGGAGUACCUGCUGCAGCAUGGUGCUGAUGUACACGCUAAAGAUAAAGGGGGUCUGGUUCCAUUACAUAACGCAUGCUCAUAUGGCCACUACGAGGUGGCGGAGCUGCUGGUGAUACAUGGUGCUGUGAUUAACGUAGCUGACCUGUGGAAGUUUACGCCGUUGCACGAGGCUGCUGCAAAGGGCAAGUACGAGAUCUGCAAACUGCUGCUUCAGCAUGGCGCAGAUCCCAGCAAGAAGAAUCGUGACGGGAACACACCUCUGGACCUGGUGAAGGAGGGGGACACGGACAUCCAGGACCUACUGAGGGGAGACGCAGCGCUGCUGGAGGCUGCGAAGAAAGGCUGUCUGACCCGCGUGAAAAAACUCUGCAGUCUCGGGAAUGUUAACUGCAGGGACACACAGGGACGCCACUCUACACCACUCCAUCUGGCAGCUGGUUAUAAUAACCUGGAGGUGGCGGAGUAUUUGCUGCAGCAUGGCGCAGAGGUCAAUUCACAGGACAAAGGAGGUCUCAUUCCUUUACAUAACGCUGCUUCCUAUGGGCACGUGGACGUGGCCGCACUGCUCAUCAAGUACAACGCAUGCGUCAAUGCCACUGAUAAGUGGGCGUUCACGCCGCUGCAUGAGGCUGCUCAGAAAGGGAGGACACAGCUGUGCGCACUGCUGCUUGCACACGGUGCCGAUCCUGCACUCCGCAACCAGGAAGGCCAGUCGCCGCUGGACCUUGUGACGGCCGAUGACGUCCGUGCCUUGCUGACCGCAGCCAUGCCGCCGUCUGCAUUGCCAGCCUGCUACAAGCCGCAGGUCAUCAGCGUUUCAGCCUCCGGUGGCGUGACGAACUCGGACCUCUCCUCGGGUUCUGGCUCCGGCUCCGCCCCCCAGCCCUCCACCUCGGGCCUGGAGUCACAGGAUGGCCAUUUGUCCGAGAUGCUGGGGCCGUCAGGGGCCGAGGGAGCUGUGGGAGUGGAGAAAGCCGAGGAGGGUGCUGUCUUGGAAUUGAGCAUCAACCAGUUUCUUCAUAAACUUGGAUUGGAACAUCUUUUGGAGAUCUUCGACCGGGAACAGAUCACUCUGGACGUGCUGGUGGAAAUGGGGCACAAAGAGCUGAAGGAGAUCGGCAUCAGUGCUUACGGCCACAGGCACAAGAUCAUCAAAGGAGUGGAGAGGUUCAUUACCGGACCUCAGAGUUUAAAUCCCUAUUUAACUCUGAACACAGCCAACAGUGGAACAAUACUGAUCGAUUUGGCCUCGGACAACAAGGAAUUUCAGUCCGUUGAAGAGGAGAUGCAAAGCACAAUUAGAGAGCACAGAGAUGGUGGUCACGCCGGGGGAGUUUUCAACAGAUACAACAUUGUGAAGAUCCAGAAGGUGUGCAAUAAGAAGCUGUGGGAGAGAUACACACAUCGCAGGAAGGAGGUGUCCGAGGAGAACCACAAUCACUCCAACGAGCGCAUGCUGUUCCACGGUUCUCCAUUCGUAAACGCCAUCAUCCACAAAGGCUUCGACGAGAGACACGCCUACAUCGGAGGCAUGUUCGGAGCUGGGAUCUACUUCGCCGAGAACUCCUCGAAGAGUAACCAGUAUGUGUAUGGUAUAGGAGGAGGCACUGGGUGUCCCGUUCACAAGGACCGGUCGUGCUACAUGUGUCAGAGACAGCUGCUGUUCUGCCGCGUAACUCUCGGCAAGUCCUUCCUUCAGUUCAGCGCCAUGAAGAUGGCCCACUCUCCACCAGGCCACCACUCGGUGUCGGGCAGACCCAGCGUUAAUGGCCUCGCCCUCGCCGAGUACGUCAUCUACAGAGGAGAACAGGCUUAUCCUGAAUAUUUGAUCACCUACCAGAUCAUCAGACCAGAUGGGACGCUGGAUUAAGACCUUGACUCUUCCAAAAGACCCCCUUUUUUUUUUUUUUUUUUGCACACUGCAUGCACAUUCCCAUGAAUACACUGUGUAUAGAAAUGUCUUGUUCCGUCUUUUCUACUUUCCUUCCUUCACACUUGAUAUUCCUCACGUUACACAGUUAACCGUCUGCUCUGCGUGCGCACCGAUUACUUUCCUUAUACGCAGCAAACCUCAUACGGUCAGUCGCUAACACUGUAAAUCGACAAUUUUCAACAAGCCUAACGCAUCACAAAUGUGGCUUAUUUAUUUUACACCACUGUAAGACAACUGUGUGUAUAUAUAUUUUUAUUUUUUUUUUUUUGUACCAGCAUGUUGACUUAUUGAUAUUUGUAUUAUAAAGAUUCUAUGCUUGGAUGAUGUAUAAAAUGUAUGCUUUAAAAUGUAUUUUAGAGGUGGUACUUCUGGUUUGGAGGUAAUCCAGUUAAAGCUACAGGAUGUAAGAUUUUGGAAGUUCGCCCUCUCUGGUGGGGGGGUGUUAUUGCGGGCUACUUGUGGAAGCAGCCUACGUUUUUCGUAAUGUGGGUCGGGUUAAGCUCAUGGCCGCGAGUGCCGGUUUAUACACGUUCAGACGGGUUGUACGACUAAAUAACAAUGUCACCAAUGACGCUCGAGGAUUUGUGACUCUGGGGAUAUCGUUAUCUGUCGUUUACAGAAGUGCACGGCCAAAGGGUAAAUAUCAGGUCCUCAAACUCGAGCUCAAAUGCUGUAUAGCGUCGAACAAACCUAUAAUGAGUGGCCAAUUGGCAUCCAUUUUGUUUUCCAGCCUGUAAAUGUUUGGCAGGAACCAGAUAGCAUAAGCAUGCUAGCUAAAUCCAACACAAGAUGAUCAAGAGCUGGUGAGCAGAGCACUCGAAUCACUCUCUCCUGAUACAAAGAGAAACACAAACACCUCCUGUAGGUCUCGAGUAUUCUCGAUUAACUAGCUUCACAAAUGGCGAAUGAUACAAAGUACUGUACGUAACGGUGAUGAAUAGACUUGGGCUCGUUCUGUCUUCUGUGAUUGGCUGCCAGCUCGUGUGUGACCGCAUACCCAGACGUCUAGGGUGCCUAAAGUUUGGCACGAUGACCUUUUCUGGAUCUUGGCCGAUUCUAAUCCUACGUGCGAUUACAGGGACAUCAGGGUGACCUCACAGCUCAGGAACAUCAUAUUAUACCGAAUUUUAUUAUCCCUCUAGUCCAUGAUUAUUUUUAUUUUCUCCCCCCGCUCAAAAAAAAAAAAUCCUACACACUGUAGCUUUAAAUACCAUGGCUAAAGCAAGAAACAUCACUAACUAUUGUUACACAUUCCGUUUCUUUCCGUUUCAGUGGUGCUGAUCUCUGUUGGAUGUCCUGCACAUCGACAGGAUGGAUGUAGGUCAAGGACAAUCUUAAUUAUGCAUUACGGAUGGAAGUUCGUCUGCAUUUCAGUACUGUUUUAAUGCACCUUUAACAUUUUACUCAACACGCUGGCCCUUAUUCAGCAACGUCGCAUAGCCAUGAGUUCAGAUUUAGGCUUGAGGAAUUCCGUACGAACAAAUCUACAUCCAGGACUAGUCAAAAGUUUGGACAUGCUUUCUUAUUCAGUGGUUUUUCUUUAUUUUUACUAAUUAAGACACCUUUAUUACACUUAUAGUUUUGAUGGAUGGAUGUUGUUUCGCUUUACUUGGUUGUUCGGUUCUUGACAUAAUAUGGAUUACUACAGUUGUGGGAUUAGAAUAGGGCUGUUUACUGUUUGAUCUCGAACACAUUAAGAAGGCAAGAAACUCGUCCGCUAUUUAACUUUUGAUGAGGCACCUGGUAAUUGAAAAGCAUUCCAGGUGACUACCUCGUGAAGCUAGGUAAGAUAACGCCGAUAGUGUGCAAAGCGUCAAGGUAAACGCUGGAUACUUCGAAGAAUCUAAAAUAUGAAAGUGUUUAACACACUUUUUUUUUUUUUUUUUUUUUUUUAUCCCCCGCUGGCUGAAAGGCCCGAAGGGGGAUGACGACAUGGCGAUGUCCAUCUGUCCACCCUAAGAAGGGCGCUCACCUUCUGAAAUCAACUCCUCUCACAAUUUUUGGAGGAAUUUCACGAAACUUGGCAGGAUUCUUUUGUUAUAUGUCGGUAAUACACACGUUCCAAUUUUGUUCAAUUCAGUCGCAUUUUACCAGAGUUACAGCCCUUGAUUACCAAAAUUAUAAUUUGCCAAUUUUAUGAAUGUGGUUUUUCCUUCUAAAAUCAACUCCUCUCACAAUUUGCGGAGGAAUUUCACCAAACUCGGCAAAAGGCAUUGUUAUAUGUCAGUAGUACGCAUUUUGUUCAAUUCGGUCGCAUUUUACCAGAGUUGUGGCCCUUGAUUAACAAAAUUAUACUUUGACAAUUUCGUGAAGGUGUGCUCGCCUUCUGACAUCAACUCCUUUCACAAUUUUUGGACGAAUUUCCCGAAGCUUGGCAAAACGCCUUGUUAUAUGACGGUAAUAUGCAGAUUGCGAUUUUAAUUUAGUUUGUGAAAUUUUUCCCAGAGUUUUGACCCUUGAUUAAAUAACUUGUAUUUUGACAGUUUCAUGAGGGUGUACGUUCUUCUGAAAUCAACUCCUCUCACAAUUUGUGGAGGAAUUUCACCAAACUUGGCAGAAGGCUUUGUUAUAUGACAGUUAUACGCAGAUUGAAAUUUCGUUUACUUUGGGCAAAGUUUACCCGAGUUAUGCCCUUGAUGAUUAACAAACUUGUACUUUGGCAAUUUCAUCAAGGUGUGCUCGCUUUCUGAAAUCAACUUCCCUCACAAUUUCAUAUAAUUUGGUAAAAAGUUGUUCUCCCCCGUUGGCCAAAAGGCCCGAAGGGGGAUUAUGUCGUGGUGAUGUCGUCCAUCUUGGGAAGGGGACUCGCCUUCUGAAAUCAACUCCUCUCUCAGUUUUUGGAGGAAUUUCACGAAACUUGACAGGAUCCUUUGUUAUAUGUCAGUAAUACGCAUCUUCCAAUUUUGUUCUAUUCAGUCGCAUUUUACCAGAGUUGUGGCCUAGUUGCCAGUGGGGGAUAUUGUGCUCUCGGAGCACUCUUGGAUUUUGUUGUUUAUAAUUCCAUAUAUGUUCCGGAUGUUAUUUCAUAUUUUCGAUGUCUUCAGUAUUGUUCUACAAUGUAUAAAAUACCAAAUACAGAAACACCUAUGAAUGAGUAGGGGUGUACAAACUUUUGACUGUAUGUAUGGGAUUUUUGUCCCUUUCAGAAUGUCAGAUUUAAUUAAAGUUUCAAUUAGAGCAAAUUUCCAUCCUGAACAAGUAAAUACUUCCUUAUUUCUUAUAAACUAGAUGCUGAAAGAAUAAAUUGCCUCUGUUGUGUUUUUAGUGUCGGUGGGAACUUGUACAUCAUAUUAUCCUACUCUACAGGCUACAGAUUGAUAUUGAUUUUGAUUUAACUGAUUCAAACACACACACACACACACACACACACACACACCCCGAGUGUUACAUUUGUUUGCUCAAAUUUCAAGACCUGCCGAACAAACAUCGGUUUUCUUUUCCAGAUGCACCAAAGAUGAAAUUGAUGAAUAAAGAAACUGGAUGUUGGUAUUUACAUAUUUGUUUCUAAUCAGAUUUGCCCCUUAAACAACUUCUGAUAGAUCAGGGCAUUGUUGUUAAAUGGUAGAUGUUGACAUUUAUAAACAGCGUUCGAUAAACUGUAAAUGUAUUGACUAUGAACUUAAUGUGGCCAAUUACAUCAAUCCGUUCUGAUUGCUAGUUAGUCAGAAAUGAACUAACUAGCACACCAGAUAGCUAGCAAGCAAGUGCAACUUGUACUGUAACUCAUGAGUUGUUAUUAACAAGGGUGUGUUGAAAACAGUACUGGGAAUGCAGUGAUGGUUUUCACUGAAUCCUUUCCUCCUAAACGUGGUGGACAGUCCAUCUUGACGGUAGCCAAGUUGGACGUUAAGAACGACAUGACUUGAACGAAUCUUCUGCUGUUGUUUUACAUAACUGAUGCAACUUUGUUUGUUGUGCAUGGUAUUCUUUAUAAUGUCAUGUUUUGAGAUGCUUUGCUUUGUGCUUCAGUGUUCCAUGGCAGGGACAAUAAAUGGAAUGGUGUUUGUUUGGGAA